AUGUUUUUUAUUGAAUUUCAUAUAGCAGAUUCAAGCUACGCUCAGCAACUUUGAUGGAAGCUAUUGCUUUUAAUGUAUCUGCUGCCUCUUUUCAGCUCUUUAGAACUCAUUGUUGUUUAUCAAAAAAGCAGUUCACUUUUAGACUCAAAUAACUUCUUGAAUUUAUCAGGAGAUAUGCUCGGCUGAGCAGAAUAAAGCAUAAUCCUUACGUAAAAAAUGGAUUUUAUUUGGCAAGCCAAUAAUUUGACUGACAUAUUUUUGCUUGGCAGCAUCUCUUCUAGGAAAAUUGCCCAUCUACUUAAUGAUAAAUAAAAUGGCGUCUCAGCCUGACAUUGCCUCCUCUCAAUGCUGCCUCAAGCCCGCUUUAUUUAUAUCCGGUAAGAUUUUUCCAACCCAGAAAUGGACACCAAUGUUAGGUGAGCAAUUCUGGUAAUGCACAGAGCCUAGUCUUAAUCCACUUCCAGGAUUUGAUUUUACCUCAAGAAAAAAGAUGGUUCAGAGUUGGAAAGGGAAUGCGCAGCAGAUACUAGAGGCAAUGUCUAGACCAUUAAGGCAACUUUCUAGCCUGAAUUUGGAUGCUACCCCAGACUUUGAAUUUUCCUUUUUAUCGAUAGUUCCAUUUUUUAGGAUUUUUGUCGAAAAACUUUUGUUCAACCUAAGCAACGACCCGCAGAAGUCAAUAGUCUUCUCACUCAACACUGGAGCUGGUAAGGCAUGGAGGAGACAGAUAUACACUACUCUACUUGGCAGGUACCAUGAUGUCAUCCGUUGAUGAAGAUUAAAGGAAGAAUUCGAAUCUUAACUCGCCGGGGAAAUUGUCAUCUAAUUUAAGCAAGUUUUUCCUGUUAACGCUGCAAAGAGAGUGAAUCUCUUCGGAGAUCUAUAAUGAUAGUGUUGCCAAUAGGCAAGCAAGUCAAGACCUGUUUUUAAUGUUUAAGUUUAAUUUAAUUUUAAGUCACCUACUUUAUGCGUUCAGCUUAUGUACUAGACCUGUAUAAGAUAGCUUACAAAUUCCCUUCUAGAAUUGCAUUACUGCGAUUAUUCAGAGGCAGAAAAUUGCAUUUCAUCUUACAAAAAUGCCCUGCUGGUUUUAGAUUUAACAGAUCGUGUCGAGACACAGUUUUUAAUUUUAGAAUACUGCAAGGAAUGGAAUACUCCUCAUCUGGUUCUAGAAAAUAAACUCAACUAUUUUGAUGAGCUAACUUUUUCGGUUACGCCUUCAUCUUCUGACAAAAUUAAAGCUAUUUUAGCUGUCCUUCGCUAUUUUGGAUGGCAAAAAGGACUUGUAAUAUAUGAAGAAAUUGAGGAGUCGCCAAAGGCUGAAUUUGAAAAUUACUCUGCAGGGUUCAACUAUCUAACAAUUGAAUCUGGGUCAAGCAUUGAAGAAUUAGUCAAUAGAAUUAUUACCCCUCUUGGCACAACUAUGUAUUAUGUUUUUAUGAGAUCAUCUGGGUCAUAUAAAUUACAAUUUGAAUUAUAGCGCCUUCCUAUAGAUAGCGGGCAAUGCGCCAUCACCGGGCCAUGUCGGGAGAGGGUUCUCCACGAGGAAUGGUUCCACGUGUGGAACCCUCUUUUUCCACGAGCCAAAAAGAGGGUUCCACACGUGGAACCAUUCCUCGUGGAGAACCCUCUCCCGACAUGGCCCAGUGAUGGCGCACUGCGCGCCAUCUAAUAGAAUUCACUAUAUCUGAUAAUAAACUUUUAGUUGAAGGAAAUGGGAUUGUUCUGGACCAAAAUAGCGGAUAUCAGUGCAUAAUUAACGGUGCAUUGAUAGUUACAGUUAAAGGCCAAGAGCUCUCGACCUCUGAGGACGAAUAUUUUAAUAAUGUGCUAGAAAGCUUUAUGCUUUAUUUGCUGGAACAUGUCAAAACUGAAAGUAAGAAGGAAAUUCUUUUUCAACUAAAUUCUUUAUUAAGCACAAAUUUCAAUUUUUCAGUAGUAAACAUCCAGGAUGGAGAAAGGGUAGUAGUUGGAGAAAUCAUCGAUCAAGAAUUCUCUUUAUUAACCAAUAUAGCAUUCCCAGGAGAUACCCAAGAAACUCCAAAAUCUGCCAAAAAGAUUUUGCUAUUAAGCAUUGAAGCUGGCUCUACAAAUCCUACUGGCGCACCAGUUUAUGUCGGCAAAAUUGGAGGCUUAGGAUCAUAUGCAGCUUGCGAUGCAAUUAAUGAAGGCAGCUCUGGCUUACUUGACAAUUUUCAACUCGAAUUAUUCAAUUUUGACUGCGGAGCGACAAUUUAUAACGCCACAUUUGCAAAUCCUUGCUAUUUAAAAGAUUCUGGAAAAUUUGGGAUUGCCCAUGUAGCAGCGGCCGGAUCAGGCAUGGCUAUCGGAUCGAUGAAAUCUUUUCAGCAGCUCAACUUAACCUUUCCUAUCGUUAGUGCUUCAAAUGGUGAUGUCAGUUUAAGCUCAACAGCGAAUUUCCCAAUGUAUAUGAGGGUUUCAGUCUCAAAUUCCUAUACAUUUACCUUAAUCCCUAUAUUUGUAAGAGCUUUGGGAUGGGAGAAAUGCGCUAUUUUAUAUCAAAAUGAUACUUGAGGAAAAUCUGGGUAUUAUUAUUUCAAUCAGAGCACCUAUAAUCAUGACUUGGCAUUAAUAAACCCAGAAAGCAGCAGAGCAAUUCCUCCUAGCCUUGAUAGAGAUGGAGUGAAAAAGUAUUCGUAUAUACUCCAAGAAAUUAUUAAUUCCAAGGCAAGGUUUCUAGUUUUCAUCGUACUUGAGCCGUCUGCUUAUUAUAUACUUGAAGAAUUUUAUAACUUAGGACUAAGGUCAGGAGAUCUCAUACUUUUAACGGCAGCUAAUGAGUUGCUUUCUUUUUCUGGAUAUGACAAUGCUUUUAAAUAUGAAUUGCUAGAAAUUGCUGUUCCUUUUCUAGCAAUAUAUGGACGGAGCUGAGUCGAACCAGUAGCUUCAAAAGUUAAAUCACUGCUAGCAAAGAGUUAUGACAACCAAAUUAGCCCUUACAGCUGCUAUUAUUUUGAUGCUAUAUAUCUAAUUGCACAUGCAUUAGACUAUAUGAUUGAUAGAGGAUUGGAUUAUACAGACCCAGAUAAACUGCAAAAAAUCAUGAGAAAUCAGCAGUUUUAUGGAUGCACUGGAAAAGUUCUUAUUGAAAAAAACACCAAUGAUAGAAUUAUGGAGUCCCUUAAUAUAGAAGUCAACAGUCAAAAUAAUGGAAAUGUCACAACAUUUUAUAUGGGUCUUUUUAAGCCUUAUAGCACUCAGAUUAUUGAAAUUACGAAGCCUUUGAUUUAUGCAGAUGGUUCAACAAUAAAGCCAUCUGAUCUGAGAGACACUAAUUAUAAAUGUCCGUUCCCUAAUAAAUCAAUAAAGACUUUUGAAAAAGGGAGGGCAUUGGUUUUUGGAAUUUGCUUCGGUGUUGCUCUGAUUUCACUUAUUAUUACUGUUUAUAUAUGAAAACGAUGGUGGAAAAUCUCUAUUGAGCCAUUAACUGCGAAAGAAGAAAUUUCAACGCAAGAUUUUAUUGUGGGCGCAACCAUUGUUAUUGAAUUUUUCCAAUUUUCCUCAAUGGGCCCUAAUUUCUCUCCAAUAAACUCUACCUUAGCAGAGGUAAGCUACGCCUUCUCAUUAAGCUUAAUUAGCAUUUUGAAGCUAGAGAAUGGAAUAUUUUGAAUUGUUGUAGAUUCUGUUUUUGGAGCAAUUAUAUUAUGAGUAAUUCUCUGCCUAGUAGUACUUCUACGGCUUGAUGAAAAAUUUCAGACGGUUUCUAUGUUUAGAUAUUUGGAUAUUCUUGCUGAUUAUCUUAUGCCUAUCUUAGGAAAUCUCUGCUUUAUUCCCUUCAUUUCAAUUUGCCUGGAUAUAUUUUUAUGUGAUCAAUCAAUUGGAGACAAUUUUACUGAUAGUUUUCUAGCCCAAGACUGCUACUAUUUUUGCUGGACAGGCGAGCAUUUAGCUUAUGCAAUUUUGUCUGUAUUUGCUUUAAUAGCUUAUGAGCCUCUUGCAGUAUUUUGCAGACCUCUAUGGCAAGAACUGCAGCCUCUUUUGCACGUAAAAGCAGUUCCGCUGUUUUUGAUGGUGAAAACAAUUGUUCAAAUAACUUUAAUUGUGAUGAACAAGACAGUGAAGAGGGCGCAAAGCACUCUUCAUGGAGUACUCUUUUUAUUAGUGAUGGUUUUGUAUAUUAUUUUCCUUUUUAAAUUCAAACCGUACAAUUAUCCAAGAUUCAGCUUAUGACAAGCUUUAGUUUUAAUUGGAGUCGUCUGGCUUGCUUUACUCUCAAUAAUAACUCAAAGCCUUGGCGGUAAUGAACUACUUUUGACGUUUAUUUUAAUAUUGGGGCUAAUAAUCAUUGCUCUGAUCGGAAUUUAUGUCCAACGUAAAAAGUACCCAAGUCUAUUAUUCCGUAAAAAAGGACAUGACACUUCGACCUUAUUUAAAUUUGCUUUUACUUUUGGUAAACUUUCACAGAAGGCCUUAACAAAAAUUUCUCCAAGUGUGCUAUCUAAAUCCUCAGCUCAAAAGGUUGAAAGCCAAAGUUCUUAA